GAAGCUUCCCCCGGCGUCCAUGGGGCUCUAGAAGGCUCCGGGAAGAGCGAGCAGGGGGGCGGGGAGCAAAGCCUCGUCCGCGCCCCGCGGGGCGCGGCCAGGAGCCAGGCGGGAAGUGUUGCCAACUCGCACAUACUUUUGCUACAUGUUCUUGUAUGAUCUAAAAUAUACUGUAACAUUCUAGACUGUACUGUUCUGGAUAUAUAUAGGAGAAGAGGGCGAGAGGAGGGCAGUCCCAGUCAUAGUAAGUUAGUGGUAAGUGAAGAGUCCGAGUGAAGUGUACUACUAAGGAAGAAUAUUAAACUACAGAAGCUGUGCAAAGUGUUUACAUAUCUCCCUCCCACGGAGUCUCCUGACGGCGACACGGAACCCAAGUAACACGUCCGGCUUAACAUUGGCGUCAGGAGUGUAGGCAUUUGUUUUUUCGCCAUGGAGACUCGUUCCCAAGCUGCCCAGAGGGAGCACAGCAACAACAAGAAAGAGCACAGCAACAACAAGAAAGAACACUCCAAGAACUCAAAGAACAACAAGAAAGAGCACAGCAACAACAAGAAGGAACACUCCAAGAACUCAAAGAACAACAAGAAAGAGCACAGCAACAACAAGAAGGAACACUCCAAGAACUCAAAGAACAACCAGAAAGAGCACAGCAACAACAAGAAGGAACACUCCAAGAACCCAAAGAACAGCUAGAAGAUCGCUUCACGGGAUUACAGCAACAGCUACAAGCAGUACAAGAUGGAAGUGAGUCAGUACGAAGAGAAAUGACUUAUGUGACCACGAAGUUAGGACAACGCCUGAUAGAAGUGGAGAAAGAACACACAAAUCUUCAACAAGAGAUGGAGGCGGUACGGGAGACGACACACAAAGAAAUAUUAGAAGUGCAGGGAAAGGUGAACCGUACUGAACAGGCAGUUUGUGACGUAAGUGACAGAGUGAAGGCCCUUGAAGACUGCUUAGCUGGAAACGGACAGCCAGGGCCUGCAGGGGCUAGUUGUACCCAAGAUGCUUCUGAUGAUCAAUUCAUUGAUGCCCUGGACAACCCUCAGCUGAAGAUACAAGUGAAGCAAGCUAAGCCAACAUCAAUGCAGGAAGCUCUUGCGCGUGCCAUGGAGUUUGAGUCCUUUGUUAGGUCUAGUUGGUCAAGCUUCAGGGGCGACUCGACUUCUGGCUUUAGGGCACGAAAUGGCACUGUCAGCGACACAGACAGGUUCCAAGGAACGUGCUGGUACUGCGAGAAGGUUGGGCACAAGGAGAACGAAUGCUAUAAGAGAAAGAAGGAAUAUGAAGGUGGCGCUAGGAAGAAGCCCAGGGAAGGACCCAAGUGCUGGAGCUGUGGAGCAAAGGGGCACUGGAAGAAUGAGUGUCGGAAAAAUGUACCCCCGGCGAGGGACCACCACUCGGGCGAGGGAAGAAGGAGAACUGGUUCACGGGGGCAACGACCAGUCUGUCCUGUACAUGCCCCGAAGAUAUCAGUGUGCAGGAGAACCACCAUGACAAGCUGCCAAGUGAAACAGACAGCAGAUGUGCCAUGGGAAGACUUGGGAAAACUGCAGCAGGAGGACCGAGAUCUGAGACCAAUUAUGAAGUGUCUGAGCCAAUCGUCAACGCGACCUGGGUGGGAAGUAAUCUCGAGAGAAAGCCCUACCACCAAGAAUUACUGGACUCAGUGGGACACUCUUCGGAUGGACGACGGGGUGUUGCAGCGACGCUGGGUCUCUCAUGAUGGUCUUGACCACUACUGGUCCACGGUGCUACCUGUGAACUCCCGGGAAGGCGUCUUGAAAGAAAUGCACGACAGCAUCACCAGCGGACACCUUGGGGUAAAGAAGACACUGAGUCGCCUGCGCCAAAGGUUCUAUUGGGUUGGCAUGAGGAAGGACGUGGAAGAAUGGUGUCACGCGUGUGAAGUGUGCUGUGCAAAGAAGGGCCCCAAGAGGCGUCACCGUGCCCCAUUGCAACUAUACCAGGUUGGAGCCCCCAUGGAACGGGUGGCAGUGGAUAUAGCAGGACCCUUGCCUCUGACGACGAACGGAAAUAGGUACAUCUGCGUCACAAUGGAUUACUUCACCAAGUGGCCGGAAGCCUACGCCAUCCCUGACCAGGAAGCCACUACCAUCGCCAAGGUUUUGGUGGAGGAGUUCUUCUGUCGCUUCGGUGUGCCUAACGAGCUCCAUUCCGAUCAGGGAAGGAAUUUUGAGUCAACAGUCCUUGCUGAGUGCUGCAAGCUUCUGGGUAUCAAGAAGACCCGGACCACCCCUCUGCACCCACAGUCAGAUGGAAUGGUGGAAAGGUUUAAUUGGACGUUGGGACAGGAGUUGGUCAAGCAGUGCAACAAUGAUCAGUCUUCAUGGAAUCAGAAGCUGCCUGCGCUUCUCAUGGCCUACAGGUCUGCCGCCCACGAGACUACGGGGUAUUCACCGGCAAAGUUGAUGUUUGGACGUGAGCUGCGAUUGCCGGUGGACCUACUGACAGGAAGGCCUCCUGGGGAAAGCCUUCCAAGGGACGCCUCCAGUUUUGCCCGUCAACUAGAGGAACGGCUGGAGGAGGUGCACCAUCAAGUCCGUGGUGCCUUGAAGUUCUCCGGGGAGGCCAUGAAGCACGGUUACAAUAUAAGGGCAAGCCACGUUGACUUCAAGGAAGGAGACCAAGUCUGGCUUUACAACCCGCAGAGGAAGAAAGGACAGUCUCCGAAGUUACAGAGCCCCUGGGAAGGCCCUUUUACUGUGCUAGAACGCCUCUCCGACGUGACUUACCGAAUCCGGAGAACGGAAAGGACCAAACCGAAAGAUGUCCACGUCAAUCGCCUAUGGAGGUACCACGGUCCGGGAAACUACACCUGGAACAACUACAGACACCCAGCAGCCGACGAAAACGCAAGGGGCGUCCAGGACCGAGAGGAGGUCGACGACGACAUAGGUCUUCUAGACCUUUCAGCCGAGGGAGAUAACCUCCCGGCUUCGGCAGAUGUUCCAGGGACACCCCAAGAAGCGGACGACAACGAGGCGCACCAGGAGAUAGACGCGCAGGAGGCACCGAGCAGAAGACAGAGACAACGCAGGCGUCCACAGCGAUACGACGAUUAUUAUGUUUUUGAUUAAUUCUCUUAUGUUUGUAUAUAGUUAAGUGUGUGAUCGGGACGAUCACAAUUAAGAGGGGGGGAUAGUGUUGUGCUGGAAGCUUCCCCCGGCGUCCAUGGGGCUCUAGAAGGCUCCGGGAAGAGCGAGCAGGGGGGCGGGGAGCAAAGCCUCGUCCGCGCCCCGCGGGGCGCGGCCAGGAGCCAGGCGGGAAGUGUUGCCAACUCGCACAUACUUUUGCUACAUGUUCUUGUAUGAUCUAAAAUAUACUGUAACAUUCUAGACUGUACUGUUCUGGAUAUAUAUAGGAGAAGAGGGCGAGAGGAGGGCAGUCCCAGUCAUAGUAAGUUAGUGGUAAAUGAAGAGUCCGAGUGAAGUGUACUACUAAGGAAGAAUAUUAAACUACAGGGGCGGUAUACACAAACGUUCUUAGCAUCGCUAAGUGCACUUAACGGCAAAGAAUCGUUAAGUUUUCUACUUAAAAUGGCGCUGGGCCGCUUAGCGGUGAAGCUGGAGCACUUAGCGGGCGGAAAAUUUAAGGCGGGGAAGGGGCUCCCUUAGCACCGUUAAAAAUGCAUAAGUAUUGCAACAUGGUGGAUUACAGCGGGAUGAAAGGCAUCACCUCCUAAUAUAUCUGCCUCGUCUAGACGAAUUGGAGACGUGUAAUGAUUUGAAACUCAUCCUGAAAUAUCUGUGGACUGUGCUGACCGUGCUGAGAUGAGUGGUUCGGCGAGGCGGACCUUGGAAACACCUACAUGGCCAUCACGACUGAAGUGGUGUUCGCUGACAGGUAAAAUGCAGGUGCAACCUUCACAGGCUGACAGAGAUUGAGUGAUAACAGACACUGGAGACCCUCCAAGCGAUGGCUGGUGACCGCCUGCCACCAUCCACAGGCUGUCACACAAGGAGCCCUGGGAGUAACCUUGCUGGAAGCCCCGCGGGCCGCGGUGUGUGGCUGGCGUUAUACAGCCCCCAGCCAUCGCCUGGAGGGCAUCCAGUGUCUGUUAUCACUCACCUUAGGUAGUCUGUGAAGGUCCAGUCAACACUGGUGCACGUGUAUCUUACCUGUGAUCAACACCGGCAGCCACAGACUCCUGCCCAAGGAACGAACACAGUGAUCGUGAUGACAUUGACAACAACGAGCAAGUCCUCCUAGACCUAGAGUGACCUCAAGCUGGCCAAACAUGAUGUGGAAGAAGAAAUCAGUUGUCUCCAUCAGUCGGGUUUGUGCCAUGGCAGCUUUCUCCAGCUGUCCGGCAGAGGUCCAGUCCAUGCCAUCGAGAAAUUCAGCCCCCAACAAUGAGAUGGCAUGCCAGAGAUGGAUCCGCAGCUUCUCCUCCAAUCAAUCAAUCCUUGCAAUGCCCUUUCUCUUUUCUCUUCUGUACCACCAUGCUUACACAUAACUGAUCCAAGGUACUUAAACUCGUUAACCUCCUCCAUUUCUUCACCAUUCAAAAUUAUUUGGCAUUCUUUUGCACAUUCAAUGCCCACUCUAUAUGGGCAUACAAACUCUACAACCUCCCUUCUACUCCGCUCACAAACCAUCACUUUACUUUUGUUGACAUUUACUUUCAACUUUCUCCUUUUACAUACACUAUCAAAAACACUGACCAAAUUUUGUGUCACUUUCAUUUUCUGCAUUGAGCACCGUGUCAUCAGCAAAUAAGAUUGAAUUCAUCACCCACUUCCCUCCCUCCCUCAGCAUACAUUUUUACUUCAAUUUCCCCAACUUUGCCCUUCAUUUCUCAUAACACCAUCAAUAUAAAUAUUGAACAACCAUGAUGACAUAUAUAUCUUUAAGACGUCCCACAAUGCCAGCCAAUCGACUCUGUCAUAAACUUUCUUUAGAAUAACUAGAUCCAUGAAGGCAGCAUAGUAUUUGUUCCUUUUGCUAAUAUUUUUUCUAAUAAAACACCAUACUGAAGGAAAAUAUCUGAUCCACACAUCCUCUUCCCUUCCUAAAGUCUCCUUGUUCUUCACUGAUUUUCUCUUCUGUAAGUCUUUGCGCAGUCUCAAUUAGGACUUUUCCAUAUACCUUUCCAGGUAGCCUACACUCAGCAGACUU